AUGGCAAGAACCGCAAUUGACAACGUCGCGGCCAAAGGCAUCUCCUAUUACACCCCGGCUCAAGACCCCCCAGCCGGAACUCAAGUCGAAGGAACAACUAAGCUUUUCCGCCCGUUAACAAUUAGAGGCGUCACAUUCCCAAACCGUCUGUUUCUGGCCCCUCUCUGCCAGUAUUCGGCAAAAGAUGGAUACGCAAAUGACUGGCACCUCACCCAUCUUGGGGGAAUCAUUCAGCGAGGUCCUGGGUUGGCAAUUGUGGAAGCAACAGCCGUGCAGAGGGUUGGUCGAAUCACACCACAAGAUCUUGGUCUCUGGGAAGACGGGCAGAUUGAGCCAUUGAAACGAAUCACUGAGUUUGCCCACGGCCAAAGUCAAAAGAUCGCGAUUCAGUUAGCUCACGCUGGCCGCAAGGGAAGCACUGUUGCACCCUGGCUUAGCAUCAAUGCCAUGGCUGCCAAGGAAGUCGGCGGAUGGCCAGAUGAGACUGUCGCUCCAUCAGCUAUUCCCCAGGAAGAAGGGAUCAAUACUGUCCCGAGGGCUCUCACGACCCAAGAUAUAGAAAAGCUAAAGGACGACUUUGCAGAGGCUGCUCAGCGAGCUGUCAAGGCGAACUUCGACGCGAUUGAGAUUCAUUCGGCCCAUGGGUAUUUGCUACACCAGUUUCUCAGCCCAAUCAGCAACCACAGAACCGAUAAGUACGGUGGUAACUUCGAAAACAGAGUGAGAAUACUGCAAGAAAUCGUGGAUCGGGUUCGGUCCGUGAUUCCCAGCACAAUGCCCCUAUUAGUCCGAAUAAGCGCAACCGACUGGUUCGAGUUUCAUGGCACUCUGAAAAAUGAAUCCCCGGAUUCGUGGACGAUUGCCCAGUCAGUCAAGCUGAGCUCGCUCUUAGCCGACCAUGGUGUCGACCUGGUAGACAUCAGCUCUGGCGGCAUUCAUCCCAAGUCGGCAAUUGGUAUCAAAUCCGGGCCGGCAUAUCAAGCCAACUUCGCGCGAGAUAUCAAGAAGGUUGUUGGGGACAAGCUUUUAGUCUCCGCCGUUGGUGGCAUCAAAACCGGUGCUCUCGCCGAGGAAGUUUUGCAGUCCGGCAUAGAUGUAGUACAAGCUGGUCGAUGGUUUCAGCAGAACCCUGGCCUGGUACGGACAUUCGCCAAUGAGUUGGGAGUCAAGGUGCGGAUGGCUACACAGAUAGAUUGGCCGUUUGAAGGUAGAGGAAAGCGAGCAAAGAAGAGCGCUCUGUGA